GUAGCCCCCAAUGCAGCACCCGGGGGGUGAACUCUUUCUCUGUUUUUUUUCUUUUACCCCCCUCCUAUCUUCAUUUGUAAUGGAUCUUCAUUGUAUGAUACCUAGCAGAUGGUCGUAUCAGACGCCCUGCUUCAUACUCUUCGUUGUAUAUGGAGUCUCAAUAGUUUUGGUUUGUCGUAGGAGUUCCGCAAGCGGCUAUUGAGAAUAGAAUCUCAUGGGGAGGCAGGCAUUCUACAGUUAACAAAUAGUCUAGCUGUAUCACUGCUUCUUCUUUCAUCUGGCAUAUAUGCGCGGUGACAGUGAGAAGUGAAACUGACCAACCGGGCUUGGAUCAUGA